GAAACUUUGCUUUUUAUAUCAGAAGUUAUGAACAAAAUAAAUAUUGAUGUGUCUGAUAUAACAUUAUGAGUUUUAAAAAAAGUUGGGAUUCCAAAUCUAUAGGUCACUAUAAGACAGUUGAGCAAAUUAGAAAGCAGUUACGCCAAGGAAAUUCGGCUUAUCUAUGUAACCAUCCAGAAAUUCGAGCUAUCAUACGCGUACUUAUUCAUGAGGCAAUAAAUGAGGAACCAGAAAAUUUUCCACAAUUCCUUGCAAAUUUAGUUACAUGUGCGAAUACCCCUCGACUGACAAUAAUGAUAAAUAAGCAACUUAAAUUAAUAAAAAAAGAAAUUGGGAAAAGCCGAUAUGCUGGAUUCGACCCAGAAGUGAUUUUAAAUGAGAGAGAGUCUUCGCAUUCAUUGGUAUCUAAGAUUUCAAUUCCAGAAAAUGUUAACGCACUUCUAAAAUACGCUCUGGUUUUACCUCCAACAAAUAAUUGAUUGUAAGCUCAGUUCUGCAUUAUGAAAUAAAAAUAUUAGAAUAAAAUUCGUUGUUCAACUGCUGAAA